GGCUCACAAUAAUCUGGCUGUACCCUAAGAAAAGAGAGAGGGCUUUCAUUAUGUAUAUUGCUUCCAUUUCACGUACUUCACGAAGCUGUCGUUUGUUUUGCCACCUCACUUUAAAAAGACACUCGUCCUCAAAGAGAUGGCAGGCCCGCCAGCUCAAGGAUCACUUUACAAAAGAAGCUGUAGUCCAAGGCUUGAAAAGUCGCGCAGCAUUCAAGCUUCUCCAAAUUGAUGAUAAAUACCGCGUGUUCCAAAGCGGACAAACUGUCGUUGACCUAGGAUAUGCUCCUGGCUCGUGGUCCCAGGUAGCAGUGGCUCGAACUAAACCCGAUGGCAGGGUUUUAGGUGUUGAUAUCAUUCCAGCUCAGCCACCCAAAGGGGUUUCUACGAUCCAGGGCAAUUUCCUCAACCCAGAAGUUCAGGAUUAUGUCCGUAAAUUCGUACGUGACCCUAACAGAGGCAAACCACGUAUCAGCAGCCCGGGCAGUGAUGAUCAGCUCGGAUUCGACCGAGAGAUGCCUAUGGGAAUUGCACAGGUGUCCACAGAAAACAUUUCAGGGGAUAAAGCCAUUGAACGAACAGUUGAUGUGGUGUUAAGCGAUAUGUCUGCUCCCUGGCACCAAACUACUGGGUUUGGAAAGAGAAGUCUAAGUGAUCCCUAUAAUAGGAUGAUGAAUACGAGCGGUAUAAGCUUCAAAGACCACGUUGGCAGUAUGGACCUAUGCCAUGCAGCUUUGCAGUUCAGCCGUGAGGUUCUCCGAACUGGUGGCCAUUUUAUCUGCAAAUAUUACCAAGGGACUGAAGAGAAAGAAUUUGAGAGACAGCUUAGAGAUCUUUUUCAGAGGGUUCACAGGCACAAGCCCGAGUCUUCGCGUGAUGUAAGCUUCCACAUUGAGAUUGUAUUUAUUGGUAUCAGUCGAAGAUAGACCCGGCCUCCGACCCCAAGGCUUGUAUAAUCUCUGACUACAGAUCUGACUGGUCGACGUUCUUGCUUCCGUCAGAAUCAGAAUCUUCAUCCCACUCAAUGUCAGCAAGUGAUGCUUCCGCGGAUGCUUGGACCUGGUUCAGCGUCAGUUUCAUAGAGUUCAUGUUCAUCCUUGUGAUCUGAUACAGGCGUGUCCAGUUGUGAUGUAUGCCUAAUGGAACAGGCGAAAGUAUAUCGAUGGAAACAUAUAAGAUAAUAACCUACUUCUUUCAGUCCGCUCAGCUCU